GCUCAAGGCCGCCGUACAUACGUCCUUGUCAAGGAACGCGCACGAAAGCGCGAUCGUAAAUUAAAUCGCGAUCGCGGCGUACGACGCAGUUUUUUUCCGGCGCGCGAGGAAAGCGCGGUAAAGAAAGCGCGUGUUAUGACGCGGUCGUUCGUCAGAUUCCCGAUUCGACAAACGACUUUAACGAAGCGCGCAAAGUGUUUCGCUUGUUGCACAGUUACCAAGGCGACUAACGUGCGUGCGGGUGCGUAUUCCUCUGUUGCGUGAGAGAGUGUGUGUGUAUGUGUGUGUGUGUGUGUAUACAUAUAUAUAUAUGUGCGCAUGUGGUAUGCUGUGAUAAAGGACCGAUAACCGUGUGUCGGGACGCCGAUUCUCGUGUCGCCCUGACCCCUCGAUGUUUCGCAACGACAUAGCCUGAAGAGAGCAACCAUUUAUUAUGGACUACCGGGUGUUGGGCCACUACGAUCCCACCGUAGAGACCACGGAGCACGCUAGCGGCGAGGAGGAGCAGGAACUACUGUGGGAGGAAUGUAAUUAUAUCGUACCUGGGGAUGAAUUUGUACCUGCAGCGGAGCAGUUUGGAGAAGAUUUUGCCGGGGCUGAGUUUCAUGAAACUAGAGCAUUACUCGCUGAUGGCGGAGAUAGGUUUGGAGUUUCCACUGCCACUUUCGAUACAAUUGAGGAGCUUAUGUGGAUGGGCAAUCAAGGGGGCCAUGUAACAUCUUAUUAUGGACCUAGUUUACAAAAAUAUACCUCUUUUCAAGUCCAUGCAACACAAGAGAUACGACAUAUUCAUCCUGUGGAUGAGGGCAUCUUAGUGUUGAGUCAGAGUCAAUUGAGAUGUCAAUUGCGGCGAGGCAUACCUAUAUUUACACACACGUCAACGAAUAUGAAUGACAUGCAGUGCAUGUUGCAAAUCUCUCCGACCAGAUUACUCAUGGGUGGACAUCAGGAUAAAAUAAUCGAUUUUAAUCUUACUAGAGGAAAGGAGACUGAAUUAGUGGAUGUAGGAGAAAAUGGUUGUGCGAUAUUGAGACAACACAGUAGACUUAUCUGCGCUGGUAAUCCUGCAGGACGAAUAGAUCUCAGGGACCCAAAUACAUUAUCGAUAGAACAUACUCUGGAUACGCAUAGUGGUUCUUUAAGUGAUUUUGAUGUUCAGGGAAAUUAUCUUGUUACUUGUGGGUUCAGCAACAGUCGUCAAGGCCUUACUGUUGAUCGAUUUUUGAUGGCUUAUGACCUGAGACAAAUGAGAGCAUUGAGUCCAGUUACUACUAUGGUAUAUCCUCUUUUAUUAAAGUUCCUACCAAGUUACUCCAGUCGUCUUGCAGUGGUGUCGCCAUUAGGACAAAUGCAGCUACUUGAUACAAUAUAUGCCAAUGUACAACCUUCAAUGACAUGUUUGUAUCAGGUUGCUACUGGUGGAGCAGCAAUAUUAUCAUUUGAUGUAGCUUCUACAUCUCAAUGUCUCUGCUUUGGAGAUUCAGCAGGUUCUAUACAUCUAAUGUCCACCAACAUUCCGGAACCUCAAUUUAAUACAUUUUCCAGACCUACGGAAUUUGCCGAUCCAAUCGAGACAUUACCAUCAAUUCCUUUUGAUGACGAUGUUACACCACUUAGUAUAAUACCAAUGGUAUAUUCUGGAGAAUCGCUUUUAAGUGAUUGGCCGGAAGAAUUUUUAAAAAAGGUUUAUAGGAAAACUCCAGCAAUAGAUCCCGAAAUUUUGCGCACAAUGAAAAUGCAGGGAACAAUAGGAUAUGCGCCAAAUCCUCAGACUUUUCGCAGAAAUCAAAUACCGUACGAUUUGGAAAAACGACGUGGCUUAGCCACGAAACCUUUCGCGGGAGACUCACGGUGUAAAACAGACGAUGGCACCUUUGUGGCUAUACCUAAACGUUAUCGUAAAAUUGAGUUGAAAUAUUCACGGCUCGGUUACGACGAUUUUGAUUUCGAUCAAUAUAAUCGAACCAGCUUUUGCGGCCUGGAGGCUACUCUUCCUAAUAGUUAUUGCAAUGCUAUGCUUCAGUUGCUCUACUACUGCGAGCCUAUAAGAAUAGCAUUGCUCUCACAUUCGUGCCAACGAGAAUUUUGUCUUUCCUGCGAAUUGGGGUUCUUAUUUCACAUGAUGGAUAUAUCACGAGGAUUACCCUGUCAAGCUGCGAAUUUUUUAAGGGCUUUUAGGACAGUACCGGAAGCGGCAGCUCUAGGACUCAUAUUGAGCGACAUGCAUCCAGAAGCUAAAAAAAAGAUCAGUCUGAUUAGACUUAUACAAAGCUGGAAUAGAUUCAUCCUACAUCAAAUGCACUACGAAAUACUGGCAACUAGGAAGCGGCAACAGGAAGAAGAGGAGGCAGCGCGACUUAAAUCGAGCUCUAAAUAUCCCCCAUUUGUUUAUAACGAACAGGAUUUCCCUAGUAUUCUUGAGGAUCUCGGUUCUCGAUAUAGAAGCCACGAUGACGAAAGGAAAAAAAAGAGGAAACAGGAGGAGGAUGGUAAAUAUAUGUGGAUCACAUCGAAAGAUAAGAACACCAAAAAGUCUGCUGAAGAGAAUGAAGUGCGAGAUGAUGAAACAGAGAUCAGUCAUCUAUUUGGAUCUGAACAAAUGCACAUACAUCGCUGUCUCAAAUGUGGGCAAGAAGCUACAAAACAUUCCAUCAUGUUACUUUGUCAUUUAGUUUAUCCGGAUAUAGUCAAUCCUUCUGAAGAGGUACCGUUCACAAGUGUUCUUGCCCGCAGUUUAAGACCUGAGAAAAUUACACCCGCAUGGUGUGACAGUUGCCAGAAAUAUACACCUACUCUCCAGUCUCGACAAUUGACUAAACUACCUCAAAUACUGGCCCUAAAUUGCGGUUUAGAUACUCCAGAGGAUAAGGCAUUUUGGCAAACUCAGAUGGACUUCGUAGUGCAAAAUGUGUUGGCAGGGAAGGAGAGUAGUCCCAGCUCCAGUCCUGUACCUGUUACUGCGAAACCCUGUCGAUAUGGCAAUAAUUGUACACGAGUUGGAUGUCGAUUCAGGCAUGUUGGUCGCGAAUCAGAAACAGAGAAAUUAGCGUCGCCUUCUACUCCGUCUACCUCGGCAUCUACCUCAGCGUCUGUUACAUCGCCCCCUAGUCAUUUAUAUUAUUCGCAUUCCUGGAUACCUCACAACAUAGAAAUCUCCCUUGAGGAAAAAGGUGAGAUGUCUGUUAAAAAAGUUAGUGAAUUAAGAAACGAAUUGAAUGACACGUCCGCACAAACAAAUGUAAUGGAGAACGGCCAAAAUGACAAAAUACGAACAGUUUCCGACAACAAUGUCGAAGACAAUAAUGACGAAGAUUGUAACAACGUCGAAAAUUGUAAUAUAGUAUUGAACGCGAAGGUAGGCGAGACGAAAAGUACAAAUUCAGAGAUCUCUAAUAAUAUUCAAAAAAUACAAUACAGUCUCAGUGCUGUCGUCUGUUAUAUCGACGACAAGAGUAACGAAGACCGGAGAAACAUUGUAGCGUUGUUGCGAGUUGGACCAAAUUAUCAUGUACGAUCGUCAGGCAACCCCGUGUGGCAGUGGUACAUUUUCAAUGAUUUCUGUAUAUCACCGGUAACACCGCAAGAAGCAGUAUGGUUCAAUCUCGAUUGGAAAGUGCCGUGUGUACUCUAUUACACGGCGAUACCUGCACCCGAGCCAGCACCAUACGUCAGUCCCCUUACAUAUGAUGUGUUUGGCGAAGAUAAGUGUAUUGCACGCAGUGGCGGAACCAGAGGCAUAACAUUUACUCCUCUAGGAUCGGAUGAAAUGCCUCAGAAAGGAGAAUUGGUAGGGAUCGAUGCAGAGUUCGUUACUUUAAAUCAGGAAGAAUCCGAGUUGCGGAGUGAUGGAAAAAUGUCGACUAUAAAACCAAGCCAUAUGUCUGUAGCGCGAAUUACUUGUAUACGCGGACAAGGUCCAUUGGAAGGCACACCGUUUAUAGACGAUUAUAUAAGCACUCAAGAACAGGUGGUCGAUUAUCUAACAAAAUUCAGUGGGAUACAACCGGGUGAUUUAGAUGCAAACUUUAGUAGCAAACAUCUCACCACUCUAAAAUCGACGUAUCAAAAGUUGAGGUUUUUAGUGGACAAUGGCAUAAUCUUCGUCGGGCAUGGUCUAAAAAAUGAUUUUAGGGUAAUAAAUCUGGUAGUGCCGCCGGAGCAAAUAGUAGAUACAGUUUUAUUAUUCCACUUACCUCAUCAUCGUAUGGUGUCAUUACGUUUCCUGACUUGGCACUUUUUGGGUAAAAAAAUUCAAUCUGAAACUCACGAUUCGGCCGAGGACGCGCGAGCCGCCUUAGAAUUGUAUCGCAAGUACAAAGAACUGGAAAGCUGUGGCACCCUGAGGGAAACGCUCAAGGAACUUUACGAAGUGGGCACCCAAUUACAGUGGAAAGUCCCCGAUAGCUGAUAUGAGGAUAAUACUUAUAAGGAUAUAAAUGACCGAAUCAAUAGCGAUAAUGACGAUUAGAUGAUAACAAAAAUGUUCAUGUGUCCAUUGUCUAAUAUCAUUGAAAGGUAACACUACGGGUGCUGUUCACGUUGUUUGAUAAAAAAUGUCGAUAUUUAGUCCAAUACUGAGGACAAGGUUACAUACUCAUGAUCCAUAAGGAGGUUCAUUCAACGCACAUGUAAUAUUAUUAAAUGAAAUUUUAAGACCAGGUGUACCGUGAUAAUCGUAAAACUGAAAGAAUCGCAAAUACCAAAAUAUUGGUAUUCGUUUAGUAUCCCUCUCGUUUUUACUCGCGUGUUAGAUCAUUGUUGCAACCAUUUACUGAAUGUAUGGUGUAUACUUUUUAUUAAAAUGCGUCAAAUCGCGGAUCAUUAUCCGUCUUGUCGAUAGUCCAUUAGGAAAAUUGAAUAAAACGAAACAAAUUGUUGAUCGUGAUUUUAAAUAGAAUUUUACCAUUUUAAGCAGGAAACGCGAAUUUGUAUAUAUUGUCUAAUAUAACAUAUUGGCGUUUUGAGGAGCAGUAACGAUGUUGCACUGCCCGAGAGAAUGUUCACUCUAAUUUCUUAUUGUUCAUACUGUAUCCCAUGUGAAAAAUAUGAUAAUGUAUUCCACAUUCCGAUUCAUCUUCAAACAAUUGCCGGGUAUAGACGUAAAUAGUACAGUAGCAAUAAUUGAAUUACGUGUUAUUCGUAAAUGCAUAAUAUUUCACAGUUUCCUUUUAUACGUACUAUAUCUCUAGCGCAUAAACUUUUGUACGAUUUUAUGGAGCGGGAUUUCGUGCAGGUUUUUUUAUAAGGUAUUUGUUUUAUCUUAACAGAGAAACUUCAAUUUUUUCGAUCACAUACAUAUGUAUACAUACAUACCACGCAAUCACAAAAAUCGUCAAAAACAGUCAUUUUUGCAAUUACAUUUAUAACAAUUGUUCAUUGAAGUCCAUGCGAAGUUCUCGAAACGCGAAAAAACCUACUAAUGAAAAUGGUAGAAUAUUUUACAAAUUGACAAUUGUACUCUCAUUAUAGAUUAUUUUUAUAUAAAUUUUAUCAAUGAAAAAAUGCGGAGAAUAUUAUCCAAAUCUAUUACAAAAAAAGACGAGAUUAAUGAAACAUAUAUAUAUAUAUUUUUUAUAUCUUGAAUUUUCUUAUAAUUUACGUACGAUAAGUUAUAAAUUGGUUUCUAGACAGAAACCAGUCAAAGCGAUCAAUCAAUAUACAGUACAGAUAGUUGAUGUUGAUGAUAAUCAAACGGUUCUUUUAUGAUCGCUGUUACAUCAUUGUAAUUUUUCAAUAAAUAGUUAUACAAAUUCACAUUCUA